CGGGAAAUGUCACCAGCUUUGGACCCCUCUAACCGGCUGGGGCUUUUCUCGCUGGUACAUUCGCCGACGCCCCAGGGCGGACGCUCCUCUGGCGCCAGGGGGCGCGCGGCUGCUCAGGGGACCUUCUGGCCUGUGGCGACAGCUCGACUGCUCCGAGGCGGGCCAGGUGAACCCCUGCGUUUCCCCCGCAACGAGCGGGGAUAGCUUUGAGCUACCACCAUGGAGGUGCCGCUGGGCACCGGGCCUCGGCAAGCUGGCGGAGGACUAGGCGCGACUAGGUCCACGUCCUCCGGCCGUGCAGAGAGGGCCUCGGCGAUACCCUGGGCGCGCUUCUCUGCCUGGCUGGAAUGCGUGUGCGUGGUCACCUUCGAUCUGGAGCUGGGCCAAGCGCUGGAGCUAGUCUACCCAAGUGACUUCCGGCUCACAGACAAGGAGAAAAGCAGCAUCUGCUAUCUGUCUUUUCCAGACUCCCACUCAGGAUGCCUUGGAGACACUCAGUUCAGUUUCCGUAUGCGUCAGUGUGGAGGACAGAGAAGCCUCUGGCAUGGUGAUGACAGGCCUUAUAACAACAAUGCCCCCUUGGCCUUGCAGAGAGAGCCAGCGCACUACCUGGGCUACGUGUACUUCAGACAAGUGAAGGACAGCUCUGUGAAGAGGGGCUACUUCCAAAAGUCUUUAGUGCUGGUGUCCCGCCUGCCAUUUGUCCGGCUAUUUCAGUCACUCCUAAGCCUGAUCGCCCCUGAAUACUUCGAGAAGCUGGCACCCUGCCUGGAAGCAGUUUGUAAUGAGAUUGACCAAUGGCCAGACCCUGUGCCUGGGCAGACCCUGAACCUACCUGUCAUGGGAGUCGUCAUUCAGGUGAGGGCCAGCUGGAGAGUAAGCAAUGCUGGUGUUGGUGGGUGGAGAUACUCUAUACCUGUUUUGGCAACUGCUUCCUUCCUCCCUAGGUGCGCAUCCCAUCCAGGGUGGACAAGCUGGAAUCCAAUCCUCCAAAGCAGUGUGACCAAGAGGUGCUUCCGGCCAGUGCUAACCCAUGUGCAGACCCUAUGGGAGCUCAUGCUCCUUGGAGAGCCCCUAGUGGUCCUGGCACCGUCACCUGAUGUGUCUUCAGAGCUGGUGCUAGCCCUGACCAGCUGCCUUCAGCCCCUGAAGUUCUGCUGUGACUUCCGCCCCUACUUCACCAUUCAUGACAGCGAGUUCAAGGAGCUCACAACACGAACUCAGGCUCCACCAAACGUGGUCCUGGGAGUCACAAACCCUUUCUUUAUCAAAACACUCCAGCACUGGCCUCAUGUCCUCCGAAUUGGGGAGCCCAAGAUGUCAGGGGACCUUCCUAAACAGGUCAAGCUUAAAAAACCCUCACGGCUGAAGACACUCGACACCAAGCCAGGUCUCUACACCUCGUAUACUGCCCACCUCCACCGGGACAAAGCACUGCUUAAACGGCUUCUCAAGGGCGUGCAGAAGAAGAGGCCAUGGGAUGCACAAAGUGCCCUCCUGAGGCGGCAUUUCCUAGAGCUCACACAGAGUUUCAUCAUUCCUCUGGAGCACUACAUGGCCAGCCUCAUGCCACUGCAGAAGAGCAUCACACCCUGGAAGAGCCCCCCCCAGAUCUGCCCCUUCCGUCAGGAUGAUUUCCUGCGUAGCCUGGAACAUGCGGGACCCCAGCUCACCUGCAUUCUCAAGGGCGACUGGUUGGGCCUCUACAGGCGUUUCUUCAAGUCCCCCCAUUUCGAUGGUUGGUAUCGGCAACGACAUAAAGAGAUGGCCCAGAAGCUGGAAGCUCUGCACCUGGAAGCUAUUUGUGAGGCGCAGAACAUCGAGGCCUGGAUGAAGGACAAGUCGGAGGUGGAAGUGGUGGACCUAGUCCUGAAACUUCGGGAAAAGCUGGUGCGGGCACAGGGCCACCAGCUCCCUGUGAAGGAGGUGACACUGCAGCGGGCUCAGCUGUACAUUGAUACAGUUAUUGGCUCCCUGCCCAAGGACCUACAAGCAGUCCUGUGCCCUCCCUAGGACAGAGCCAACUUGUGUGGUCCUGGGGGCCUACGUCUGCCAAGUUCCCUCUCCAGUGAAGGCAGGCCUCCACCAAGCUGGGGCUCCCAGCCUUGGGCUCCUACCUUGGCUUCAGCCUCCCUCCCGGAGCCACCUCUGUUCCAGCAGUAAAAAUGACAUUUGGAAUGACA